GAUUGAUUCACGCUCAUUGACAGCCGCCGCCAUGUCUCUGCUCCGCUCGUCCCUCUGUCGCGCGUGCAGGCGGUCGUCGCCGCUGCUGCUGGUGCGCCGAGGCUUCGCAACGGCCGGCCGCGCGCAGACGUCAUCCGACAACAGGGUCAAGAUUGUCGAGGUCGGGCCGCGGGACGGGCUGCAGAACGAGAAGAAGGCGAUUCCGCUGGCGACCAAGAUUGAGCUGAUUGAGCGGCUGGCCAGGACGGGGCUGACGACGAUUGAGGCUGGGUCUUUUGUUGCGCCGAAAUGGGUGCCUCAGAUGGCCAAUUCGAGCGAAAUCAUGGAGCACAUCCUCCAGCAGCCCGUUGAGGCGCCCGUCCCCGUCACCUACUCGUUCCUCGCACCGAAUACAAAGGGCCUGCAGAACGCAGCCGCGCUGCUGAAGCAGAACCCCGGGCGAUUCUCCACGCAGCUGGAGCCCGACGUCAAGAAGCCCGGGAUCGAGGUGGCCGUGUUCGCGGCGGCGACGGAGAGCUUCUCGCAGAAGAACCUCAACUGCGACAUCAAGACGUCGCUGGAGCGCUUCAGGGCCGUGAUCCAGGAGUCCAAGGCGCUGGGCCUGCGCGUGCGGGCAUACGUGUCGGUGGUGCUGGGGUGCCCGUUUGAAGGCUUCGACGUGGACCCGCACAAGGUGGCCGAGAUCGCGACGGACCUGCUCGAGUCCGGGGCGGACGAGAUCUCGCUCGGGGACACGACGGGCAUGGGUACGGCGCCGCGGACGAGCGCGCUGCUGCGGUGCAUGAGCGCGGCGGGGAUCCGCAACGAGGACAUUGCGAUGCACUUCCACGACACGUACGGGCAGGCGCUGGUCAACACGGCGGUGUCGCUGGAGCACGGGAUCCGCAUCUUUGACAGCAGCGUCGGCGGGCUGGGCGGGUGCCCGUACAGCCCCGGGGCGACGGGCAACGUGGCGACGGAGAACAUGGUGUACUUUAUGGAGACGCUGGGGAUGGAGACGGGGGUCGACCUGGAUGGCGUCGCGGACAUUGGGGCCUGGAUCACGCAGGAGCUGGGCAAGGCCAACGACAGCUCGGUGGGAAAGGCGGUGCUGGGGGCGAGGGCGAGGAAGAGCGCUGAGGCUGCUGCUGCUGCUACGGGGGGACAGGCGUAGAUGUGUGAUGGUGGUGGUGAGGAGGAGGAGGGGGGGAUGAGGGUGCUCGGAUGUGUUAUGAGAGUGUUGUUGGCU